UAGCAACCGUGGCUACAAUUUCGUGGGAAAAUGAGGCGGGUAAAACAAUUUCACUCCCUCCCUUUAUUUUCUUCCUUUCCCCCCAUUUAUUUUCCUAUUUUGGUUUUUAGUUUUCCUCUUUCCACAAAAUCUGUCCAAAAGUUCACUCCUUCACCCCAAUUCCAAAAAUCCACUACUUCACCCCAAUUCCAAAAAUUCGACUGCUUCGAAUAGUAGCAAAAAAAUGGUAGAAUCACUUCUUUCAGUUUUUCUUUGGUAACAGGAGUAGGAAGAAGAUUGAACGAGAUCUAAGCUAUGUCUGAUUGGAUGAGAAUAGCUGUAGCUUGUGCAUUUCCUUUCAUGAUCUUGGGUUAAGCUUAAUUUUGUUCGUACAUGGAAAAGAUGAAACUUCAUUCUACUUUGAUAUGUGUUGGAAAACCAGCUAACUGAUUGGGGAAGAAAAAACGAAAAAAAACAAGUAAAGGCCAGCUAACUUAUUCUUAAUCUGCUUCUUCUCAACUGCUUUAUUCCAACAUGAUCGACAAGAGUUGGAUUGCGAAGUCAAUUAGAUCAGAUGAAUUCUUGGAUGGUGUAGUCCAAUUUUUGGACUUCGCCUUUUCGAAUGCAUCCAUAAAUGGAAAAAUCUUAUGUCCUUGCACUAUAUGUGGAUUUAAUGUUAUGUGCAAUAGAGCUGAUGUGUUUAGGCAUCUCCUUCAACAUGGGUUUCCAGAAAAGUACACAUGUUGGUACAUGCAUGGGGAAAAGCAUAUUCAAUCUAAUGUAGAAUCAUUAUCCCGAGUACAAGAUGAGUCGGUCAGACAAUAUCCGAUGAAUGAUAUGUUGAAUGAUGCUUUUGGAAACGUCUUUGAUAAUAACGACUUUCAAGAUUCUGGUUCAUCAAAUUUACCAAAUAAUGACCUUCCUAGGGUUGCUGAAGAUAAAAGUCAAGAAGAGAGAGACAAAAUUAAGGAGUUGUUAGAGGACGGGAAUCAAGAACUUUAUGAUGGUUGUGCAAAAUAUAGUAAAUUGUCAUUUAUUGUUCAUCUUUAUCAUAUUAAGGUCUUAUGUGGUGCAACUGAUAAAACAUUUUCAAUGAUUCUUGACCUUUUAAAGGAUGCUUUUCCUCAUGCGAAACUACCAUCAUCAUUUUAUGAGUCAAAAAAGAUGAUUAAGAGGUUAGGUUUGAGCUAUGAUAAGAUCGAUGCAUGUCCGAACCAUUGCAUGUUAUAUUGGGGAUCAUCCGAGGAUAAGAAGAGAGAUAAAUGCAAGAAGUGCAAUACAUCCAGGUAUGUAUCAAAUGAAAAUGAUGUUGGUGCAAAUGUUGUGAUUGAUGACCAACAGAAAAAGAAACCAAAGGCAGCGAAAGUAUUGCGAUACUUCCCACUUAUACCUAGGCUGAGAAGGCUAUACAUGUGCUCGAAAACUGCAGAACUUUUGAAAUGGCAUGCUACAAAGGCUAACCCAGAUGGAUUAUUACGACAUCCUAGAGAUGGCAAAGCGUGGAAACAUUUUGAUUCUUUCUAUCCCGACUUUGCUUCAGAGACUCGUAAUGUGCGACUUGCUUUAGCUACAGAUGGUUUCAAUCCAUUUGGAAAUUUAAGUUCCAAUUUUAGCAUUUGGCCUGUGAUGUUGUAUAUUUAUAACUAUCCUCCAUGGUGUUUUAUGAAGCAAACUUCUCUUGUCAUGUCGAUGAUAAUUCCUGGUCCUAAAAUGCCUGGAAAUAGCAUUGAUGUUUACUUGCAACCUUUAAUCGCUGAGUUAAAACAGUUGUGGGGUGGUGUACGUGCUUAUGAUUCCUCAACUAAGGAAAUGUUUCAGUUGCGUGCUGCAUUGAUGUGGACCAUAAGUGAUUUUCCAGGUCUUGACAACUUGUCUGGGUGGAAUACACAUACAUCACUUGCUUGUCCAUCAUGUAAUUUUGAUACAGAAUCUAUGAGGCUAAAGUUUGGUAGAAAAAAUUGCUUUAUGGGACAUCGUCGGUAUUUGCCACAUGAUCACAAGUAUAGGUACAAUAAGCAGUCAUUUAAUGGUUUUGAGGAGCAUAGACCUGCCCCUAUCCCACCAUCAGGUUCAACCAUGUUAAGGCAAAUUGAAGAGAGCCGGAAGAGGCCUCGUGAUGAUGCUACAAAUGAGGUUGGGCCAGAACAAUGGAAGAAAAAGAGUAUCUUUUGGAAUUUACCUUAUUGGAAGAACAAUCUUAUUCGUCAUUGCCUUGACCUGAUGCACGUAGAGAAGAAUGUUUGUGACAAUGUAUUGUUCACCAUACUUGGUGACAAAAAAAGAUCAAAAGACAAUUUGCAAGCUCGUAAAGACUUGCAAGCGAUGGGAAUUAGAGAAAAGCUUCAUCCAUAUCCUAAUUCUUCUAAGUUUCCUCCAUCAUGCUUUAACAUGAAGAAAGAGCAGAAAGAUAACUUCCUAAAAGUUUUAAAAAAUGUGGUUUUUCCAGAUAAUUAUGCAUCAAACAUUUCUAGAUGUGUUGAUCUUACGAAACGCAAGAUCUCUAAUUUAAAGAGCCAUGAUUCCCACAUUCUAAUGGAGCAUCUUUUACCAAUUGCUUUUCGAAAAUCUCUUCCUAAAGAAGUUACUUCAGUGUUGAUUGAGUUAUGUAACUACUUUAGAGAAGUAUCAAGCAAGGUUUUAGAUGUGAAGUAUAUAGAGAAGCUCCAACAACGAAUUUGGUUGAAUCAUUCCAAUAUGGAAAUGAUAUUCCCUCCAUCCUUUUUCACUAUUAUGGUUCAUCUGGUAAUUCAUUUUGGAGAGGAAGCAAUUCUUGCUGGUCCAAAGACAAGGUCAUUAUAUGUACCCUGUUGAAAGGGAACUCGGCCACUUGCAAUCUUAUGUUCGUAACAAUUCCGCACCGGAAGGUUGUAUAGCUGAAGGGUACAUUAUGGAGGAAUGUCUCACUUUUUGUUCUAGAUAUUUGGAGGGUGAUAUUGAAACAAGGUUUAAUCGACC